CAAAACAAAGCAAAAAGCAAGUGGAUUCAGAGCAGGGGAGACGUACAUCGUUGUUUCGCCGGGGCACAAGUUUAGGGCAGUAGAAAUUAAUUCAGGGGAUCAAUAAAGAGAAGCUAAAGAGGAAGGGAUAAUAUACACGUUGAGCAUGAUCUUUUCCUUGACCCUGCUUCUUGGAUAUUUGUCCUCGAGUCUGAAGACAGCAAAAGAAGAAAUGGACUCGACUUCAAAGGACGCUGAAAAGAGCGAACUAGCGAGUUCACUUGAUUUAUCAAUCACGCCAUCUAAACACGGUCGCAUCCCAGCGUUUAUCCGAGACAAACUUGCCUACUUUAAGACAAACGGCUCUACCAUAGCUGCUCACCGUCUUCAUCUUCGUGUAGCCGAAGACCAAAUCAUGGCUUUAGUCAACCAAUGCAAAGCCAUGAAGAAUGAGAUUAAGGUGUGCAAUGCAAAGAAGGAUGAAGUAACCAAGGCAUUUGAGGAGAAGCUGACAGCGAUGGCCACUGACCACAAGGCAAAGAUGUCUGAGAUGCAAGACAAGAGUAACUUAGCAACCAACAAUAUGGAUCAACUCCUGAAAGAUCAAAUCUCACUCAACCAAGCCAAAGAGAAGAUAGCUAAACAGCUGAAGGAAGCAGAAAUGAAGAUUCGACGCCAAGAAAACACCAAAGGAGUUUUGAGCCACAAGCUUCAUCUUGCCGAGAAAAGUCGAUCUGAAAUACUGAAGAAGCUGGAGGAAUUUGAAGCCAAGUACGCAGAAAACAUGGCCAGGUUUCAGACGAAAUACAAGAAUCAGGAGGCAGCGUAUGGAGCCAAGCUGUCUGAGCAAGAGGCGAUGUUUGAAUCCAAAUACUCAGAGCAGAAGUUCAAGCAACAGGAGUCGACAUUCGACAGCAAAUUCAAGGCACAACAGGCAAUGUUCGACACCAACCACAAUAAGCAGAGAGAGUUGUUCGAUGCAAAGUUCAAGGAACAACAAGACACGUUCGGCAAUAAGUGCAAGGAGCAGAAGGCAACAUUCGACGCAGUUUACAAAGCACAGCAGGUCAAAUUCGACAACAAAUUCAGGCAACAGGAGGUUCACUUCGCGGCACGGCUGCAGGGAGAGAGGCGCAAAUUGGACGAAAUGCAGAAACGGAAUGAUGCAGUGACUGAAAGGCUGAAGAACACAGAAACUGCUCUGCUCAAAUCGAGACAGGUCAAAGUGAAUCAGGAGUACGAGUUUACCGACACUAUGAAUAAUCUGGUACCCAGAGAGGCGCUCAUGACGGUCCAAGAUCAGUGUCAACUCUACAAGAAGACCAUAUCAGUCCUGGCUGCUAUCGUGCUGGUUCUAUUGGUUGUGGUAUUUGUGGGAUCAAGGUUUCUCUUUUAUUAAACUUGAGAGGGAAGGGAUGAAGUUAACGGUCAUGUAGCUACAGGUGGGAUUGGUAGAGCGGGAGAAACGAGGUAUAUAAUGUUGCUUCCAAUUGUACGUACAAUGUUCAACCCAAAAAAUCUCACCGCUUGGAGACUGGUUUUCGUGACUAGGCAUCUUUUACAAGUGUAAUUGAGCAGUAUUAUAAUAAGGAAAGAAAAUUGAUGGGUAUUGAGGAAGGGCUCCGUCCAUUUUGUGGCAUCAAACGGUAAACCCGACUCUUUUUUGGCAGCAGGCGUUGUUUAGUUUUAAUUGUGGUUAUGCUUUACAAAAAUGAUAUUCACUUAUGCAGCAGCUGACUGAUGUACAGAUUUGAAUCAAUUACAAAAAAAAACCAAACUUCAAAGCUUUCCAUAGAAAUAGGUUGCCAAAUCAUUAUAGAGCACAAUCAUCACCCUGCUGAUUAGGUAAAAAUGUAUAAACUGAAAGUCAAGGAAAUAGCUUCGGUCUAGUCGGAAGCGUUGCAAUCAUGGCAAUUCACUUGGAAAAAGGGAAAAACGAAAACUGGAACAUUAAAUAUGAUAAUGCAAUCAGAGGCAGAUGAUUAUAAUUUGAAAAUUAAUACACAAAUUUGAAACAGUAACUAUGAUCAUGUCUUAAGAUGUAAAAGGUUUUAUGAAUAAAAGAAUCAUGAAAAAAAA